UUUAUGCGCUCUACUUUUAAAUUUGUAAUAAAUGUAUAUUUAAAUACAAUUUCUGGCUAUUUAAAAGGCUAAAUUAUUAUUAGGUUAUAGUUCAUAUUAUAAGAUAUUUAUUGCAAAUACCAGAUAUAGUUUAAAAACCUUUUGUAAUUUUAGAAAGUCCCGUUGCUUCUACCUUAAAUAACAACCAAUUAUGGCAUUUCUGUAAGGUGUAAAGUUAAAUAAUAUUUGAUAGGGAUACUUUUUGAUAGGGAAUUAAAAUACAAUUUUUAAUCGAUAGGAACUACCUAAAGUAUUAACAAAAAUUUUGCUAAAUUUUUUCCAAGGCAUUAAUUUGUGAAUAUCACAAAAUAUGUGCAUGUUUUUUUUUUUGGCUUAAUUAGAAUAUUGAUAAAUUGAUAUCAUUUACAAAUGUAGAAAUCCAACUGUUAUGAAUAUACACGUACGGAAUAUGCAUGUAUGUAAAAAUCCGCCGCAUCCGUAAUGUGGGCAACUAGAUACUAUAUUCUAUAGUCGAAGAAUUAAAAUAUUGGUUCCGACUGUCUCACAAUCAUCGGCCUCACAUCAGCCGCGCGCAUAUUCAGGUAUGACGCACCCGUCGUUCCCCUGCAAUAAGGAACAGUGUGGCGGAUCAACGGAGUGUUUAAGCUGGUACAUGUCAUCGACCUAUCAAGGAUGAUGCAACUAGUAGACGACACCAGCCGGGACGCGGCAACCCUGAUGGACCAACGUGUUAGCACAAUAACGAGACACUACCUGGAAGGAAGUAACAGAGAAGGAAGGAAGUAACAGAGUGGAAGGAAGUAACAGAGUGAUGAGGCCAACAUCAGAGCGGAAGGAAGUAACAGAGUGAUGAGGCCAACAUCACGGAGAGCUCGAGCAAUAAACUGGCUGGGUUCAGCCUGGAAAUGGAUUGCAGGAUCACCUGACGCGGAGGACUGGAAUGCGAUACUCAACUCGGAAAAGAUGAUCAUCGAAAACGGCGAUUAGCAAAUUCGGAUCAACGCUCGACUCUUCGACGCCAGCCACAAAUCAAUCCAACAACUGAAUGAUGUGGCGGCGAGAGUCAAUGCGAUAGACGGCGACCUUCAUGCAGUUACGACGACGCUACACAAGGCAAUCAUCUUGGCUGUCCAAGUAGCAGAAGUCACAAGGGCAUGCCAAAUUGCCAAAACUGGGGUGACAAAUUCGAACCUCCUGGAUCAUGAAGAGAUUGAAGCUAUACUCCUGGAAGUCAACGAUCUCCCGUAUCAGAACGCUGUGGAAGCAGUGGAAUUUUUCCGGCCAACUUAACUCUCCAAUGGCACGACACUACUGUACAUCUUAGCCCUGCCCAAGGUAUCUAAUAAGAGAUACGAACUUGUACACCUUUAUCCAACGGUAUCAGGCUGGAAACAAAUAGUGCUCGAACACCAGAAGCUCGCACUAAAUGGAGGAGAGACAUAUGCAGUAGUGGGCAGCUGUUCCUCCAUCGGUAACAUCACAGUCUGCCCAGAAAAGGAUUUAACGGCCCUAGAAGAAAGCUCAUGCAUUCCACGGCUCCUGAAGGGUGGCCAUGCAUCCUGCUCAUACCUUCGGAGCAAUGAAGAAGUCGUGCAGAUGGUCAAGGAUGGGACAUUAUUCCUCUCCAAUUAUAAUGGAUCAAUAACAACAUCCGAAAGAGACUACCAAUUGGAAGGGACGUACAUUGUCCAAUUUAACAACGAAGUCAUCACAGUCCGGGACAAAAACUUCACCGCCUAUUCCGCAAAUCACCCUAUGGCCUUACCACCAGUACUGACCAACAUAACAGUAACUGGCUAUCGACCUUCCCUUGGAUACGUCGAUGACGUCAACGCCCAAAAUAUACAGCUAAUGUCUGGCGUUUCACGAGGCGUAACGCUUUCCUUUGUCUUGGAUGUUUCGCUAACAGUAGUGGUCUUCUCGAUCUUGUUCAUCAUCUGGAGGAAGUUGACCUCCACCAAAGGAAUACCAACCACGAGGGUUAUAAUCGAGGACCUGGAAAACCCAAAGAGGAUGUCGACAACAGCUCACCAUUCUGCCAAUUGAUCUGCGGGACGCAGACUUUUAGAGGCGGAGGAGUUAACACCCGGCACUCUCGCCCCCCCC